AAUGUAACCUAAACACCGUGGUGGCGGCAAGAUUUGGUCUGAAAAAAACACCAACGAACAACACUUUUGAGAUUCGAAGACAGUACUAAUGGUGGUCAACGAAAAGGUCAAACUCGCAAUCACCGUUGCCACUCUCGUGGCGGCGACGGUUCUACUCGCGGCGGAGUAUCGUCGGCGGAGGAGGAAGCAGACAUCUUCUCCUCGCUCGAGCUCGUGUUAUCUGCAUUCCGACAAGAAGCCGCAGUUCGGUUUCAAACGCGUGCUUGCCGACAACUCUUACUCUGGAUUCAAACACUUGAAGAAGAAGCUCGAGGAUGGAGGAGACAAACCUUCGAACUGUCAUCCGUACGAAACUGAGAUCACUGCUUUGUUAGAGAAUCCUCGUCUCGAUGAGUUUGAGUUCUUGAGAGGAGGAGAGUAUUCACUGGAGAUGAGUGAUUCGUAUGUGUGGGUGGAGACUGAGUUUGAAUUGAAGAAGCUUGCGGAAACAUUGGCUAAAGAGAAGGUUUUUGCAGUUGAUACUGAGCAGCAUAGCUUGAGAUCGUUUCUUGGUUUCACUGCUCUGAUUCAGAUCUCAACGCAAGAAGAAGAUUUUUUGGUGGAUACUAUUGCGUUACAUGAUGUAAUGAGUAUACUUCGUCCUGUUUUCUCCAAUCCUGAUAUUUGUAAGGUGUUUCAUGGAGCCGACAACGAUGUUCUGUGGCUUCAAAGAGACUUCCAUAUAUAUGUUGUUAAUAUGCUUGAUACUGCCAAGGCAUGUGAGGUGUUGGCAAAGCCUCAAAGGUCACUAGCAUACUUACUUGAGUCAGUUUGUGGAGUGGGUACUAACAAAUUGCUUCAACGUGAAGACUGGAGACAGCGUCCCUUGUCCGAAGAGAUGGUGCGGUAUGCUAGAACAGAUGCACACUAUCUACUCUACAUUGCUGAUAGUAUGACUGCUGAGCUCAAACAACGAGGCACUGAAGAUUCAUCUAGCACCGAUGACAAAUUCAGUUUUCUUCUCGAGGCUAGUAGACGCUCAAACAUGAUCUGCUUACAACUCUACACCAAAGAGACCGAAGAUUUUCCUGGGAACGCUGCUGCUUCCUCAUUGAUUUACCGUCAUUUAAACGGCCAUGGAGAUAACUCUUCCAUCUCCUUGGAUCCCAAGUUCCAGGAGCUUGUAAGAGAGCUUUGUGCAUGGAGAGACUUGAUGGCACGGAUUCAUGAUGAAAGCACACGGUACGUGUUGUCUGACCAAGCUGUCAUCGCUCUUGCUUCUAACCAUCCAACUACACCUGAAGACAUACAUGAUUCAAUAUCCCAAGCUGAUGAGUCUACUCCAUCCGCUGUUAUUUGUAGUCAUCUUGAUGAUGUUCAUCAAAUGACUCAACACAAGUUAAGCAAGCUUGAUGUUAUCUUACCACUAGUUCUCGACAAAUGUUUAGGAACAGACGGAACAUGUCCUAUCUCCGUCUUCAACUACUCACUCUUAGUCAACUUCAACACAAAGCUAACUCACCGCUCCUCCGCUCCUCCCAAGAGAAACGGACACAACAACAACCUCAAGAGGUUCACACGGAAGACGUCGAGAGACCUCUUCGUCAAGAAGUUCUCCUGCAAGGCUCCCGUUUACCACAACUGCAGAAUCUACGCAAACGACGGGAGGCUUCUAUGCUACUGCGACAGAAGGAAGCUGGAAUGGUACAUGAGCCGCGGCCUCGCCAAGCUAGUGGAAGAAGAUCCGCUCGCCAUAAUGCUUCUGUUCGAACCUAAAGGACGUCCUGAAGAUGAAGGGAAUGAUUUUUACAUCCAGAGCAAGAAGAACAUAUGCGUUGGAUGUGGCCAAGGGGAUCACUAUCUUCGUUACAGGAUAAUACCUUCUUGCUAUAGAGUUCAUUUCCCUGAGCAUUUGAAGAGUCACAGGUCUCAUGAUAUAGUUUUGCUUUGUGUGGAUUGUCAUGAGGUUGCGCAUGCUGCUGCGGAGAGGUACAAGAAAGAAGUGGCUGCGGAGUUUGGGAUCCCUCUUUUUGUUAGGAGAGUGAUGGAUUCGAAGGAAGCAAAUGGGACAGAGUGUGAAUCAACGGGUGGUGAAUCUGAAGAUGCAGGUGUGUCUCCGUUGCAUCUUAGAACGGCUGCGAUGGCGCUGCUGAGGCAUGGGAAUAGGAUGCCUUCUAGUCGCCGUGAGGAGUUGUUGCAGACUGUGAAGAUGUAUUACGGUGGAAGGGAUGUAACUGAAGAAGAUUUGGAAAAGGCUUUACUCAUUGGGAUGAGUCCUCACGAGAGAAGAAAACACGAAAGAAAGAAAGGUGUCUCUGUCAAACAAGAGAACAGUAACAUAGUUGCUACAGAUGCAACUGAUGCAAACGGCUUUGAGGAAGGUCCUCCUCCUGGAGGUGAUGAUGUGAAUGAAGAGAGUAGCGUAGUUGUGGAUGAGAGUGGAGGAGAUGGAGCUCCAGAGCUGAAUGAUACUCAGUGUAACGGAAACAUAUUGCACCAGCAGAACUCGAAGCUCUCCUUGCUAGGACAUGGACCGCACGGGAAACAGGUUGUAGAGUAUCUUUUGAAGGAACAUGGAGAGGACGGUGUUCGUGAUUUCUGUCAGAGAUGGAGGAAAGUGUUUGUUGAUGCUCUUCAUCCUCGUCAUCUGCCUGGUGGCUGGGAUGUUACUCACAGUGGACGAAGAGACUUUGGCGAGUUCAGCGUUUAUAAUCCAACAAAGAAAGUCUCCACCGGGUAACGCAACCUUGUAUCUUUGUCUGUUUCUUUGUCAUCAACGAGGAAACGAGUCCAUUCAGUUGUUUGUUGUAUUCUUUUUACAGACCUCUAUAUACUUUUUUUGUUUUUAGCUAAGAAUCUGAUAUUUUGAGACUAUUAGCAUGAUC